CGCUGAUUGCGUAGAUUCUCAAAAGGAAUAACUUUCCAUACUUCUGUAACUCUGUUGUUUUUUAUGGAUGGAAUUUGAAGAGGGUUGUUAGUUUGUUACAUUACUUGGUGAUUGUGUUGGUGGAAAAAGGAUUGAAGCGAGCAAUGAAGGGUGAAAAUCCAAAUCCAAGUCCAAGGAGCGGUGCUGCUGCUGAGCUUCUCUGUGGUGUGAACGCAAAAGCACUGUUGGAUUCCGUCGAUGCAUUUCUCUUCGAUUGCGAUGGUGUCAUUUGGAAGGGCGACAAGCUGAUCGAUGGAGUUUCCCAGACGCUGGACCUGCUUCGAUCCAAGGGGAAGAAGCUGGUAUUUGUGACCAAUAACUCCACCAAGUCCAGAGCCCAAUAUGCUAACAAGUUUCGUUCUCUCGGACUCUCUGUUACCCAGGAUGAGAUAUUUUCCUCAUCUUUUGCAGCCGCUAUGUACUUGAAGGUCAAUCAUUUUCCUCCCAACAAGAAGGCUUAUGUCAUAGGUGGAGAAGGCAUAUUACAAGAGUUGCAGCUUGCUGGAUUCACCGCUCUUGGUGGCCCAGAAGAUGGAGAAAAAAGGGUUCAGUUGAAAUCAAGUUGUUUCUUUGAGCAUGAUAAGAAUGUUGGAGCCGUUGUUGUUGGAUUAGAUCCAGAUAUUAACUAUUACAAACUUCAGUAUGGGACCCUUUGCAUCCGUGAGAACCCAGGGUGCCUUUUUAUUGCAACAAACUGUGACUCAGUAGGACAUAUGACCGAUCUACAAGAGUGGCCUGGUGCGGGGUGCAUGGUUGGUGCCAUUUGUGGGUCAACUGGACGAGAGCCUAUUGUAGUUGGAAAACCGUCAACCUUCAUGAUGGAAUUUUUACUGCAGAAAUUUCAUAUGAGUCCAUCCAGAAUGUGUAUGGUGGGUGACAGACUAGAUACAGAUAUUUUAUUUGGACAAAAUGCUGGCUGUAAAACUCUGCUUGUUCUUUCAGGAGUAACAACAGAAUCGAUUCUUGGUGACUCCUCAAACAGCAUUCAGCCAGAUUAUUACACAAGCAAGGUCUCCGAUAUUCUCAAAUUAUUGGGGGAAUGACCUGAUUGUUUUAUGAUUAGUCAUUCUUCGUGCCUGUUUGGCAGUGCUACUUGCAAGUUUUUAUUUGAACAAAUACUGUCAAAUAAUAGUUGCAAAUUACUCUACCAGGGAAACAUUCUCAAAUUAUCAGGAAUUGACCAGAUUGCUGUAUGGGUAAUAACUCUUUUUAAAAAAAAAAAAAAGAAUAAAGAUCAAAGCAUUAUGUUUUCAUGAAA